UCGUCAUAAUAGCUUUCGUCGCUAUGACCGCCGUCAGCGCCCGGAUUUGGGACUUUGACGAUGGUUUCGAUGAUGUUUUCGACGAUGACGGUACAGGGUAUAUGGGUGGAUAUUCCCCAACUUUGACAUUAGGUCCACUCACCACUGGCUACACGGUGGGUAUGGGAUCUGGUGUUGCAUCUGCAGGUUCUUACAGAGGGCAUGGAACUCACAAGGCUGUGUACAUUCCUUAUGCUGUUCCCACCCCCGUUCCUCCCAUUCUCUCCCUGGAGCUGGCUCUUGGCAAUACCCAGGCUCAAAAUAACGAUCUGUUCAGUGGAAACGGAACUGGCAUUUUGAAAUACCAACACUAGCGGUUAAAUCUAAAAAGCAACCAGCACAGCUCACCAAAUACAUCAAAAGCAACCAGCACAGCUCACCAAAUACAUCAAAAGCAACCAGCACAGCUCACCAAAUACAUCAAAAGCAACCAGCACAGCUCACCAAAUACAUCAAUAGCAACCAGCACAGCUCACCAAAUACAACAAAA